CUUCAGGCCCUCAUUGAUGCCGUGCAGAGCGGUGUGAUUCGGCACGCCAACAUUGUUCUGGUGGUAUCCAAUAACCCUGAUGCACUUGGGCUGAAGAGGGCAAAUGAAGCCAACAUUGAAACGCUUGUGAGGUCCCACAAAAAGUACCCGACCCGAGUGGCAUUCGACUUGGCGAUCCACGAGGAGCUGGUGAAGCGAGGCAUCGACCUGGUCUGCCUGGCCGGGUUUAUGAGGAUCUUGUCGAAGGAGUUCGUGGCGCUGUGGAAGGGGCGCGUCCUCAACACGCACCCGUCGCUGCUGCCGGCUUUCAAGGGUCACGAUGCUCACCGGCUGGUGCUGGAGGCUGGGGUCCGCAUCUCUGGAUGCACUGUUCACUUUGUUGAGGUGGAGGUGGAUGCAGGGGCAGUGAUCCUCCAGCACCCCGUCCCCGUCUUCCCACGGGACACAUUGGAGUCUCUGCAAGAGCGCGUGAAGGGUGCCGAGCACGUGGUCUACCCCAGAGCCCUGGAGGCCGUUGCGAGUGGGGCGGUGGUCUACGAUGCGGGUCGGGCCAUCUGGAAGUCCCAACCUCCCAUCCCUGACUGCUUUUCCACCUUCCCGUAGGCAUUCUCUGAUGCGGAGUAUGCUUCCUGUUUUUCUUGAUGAUAUCAACAGGUCCAGAGUGAGAAAAUAUUAUUUAUGUGG